AUGGCUGGCAAGUUCACCCAGUACGAGCAGGGCCGCACCACCAGCGAGGUGGGCGGCCAUCACGACGAAGCGCCACAGAGUGCGGCCACUCCCAAGGCGAGCAGCAACAAACGCUCUCGCACGGAGGCCGGCCUCACCCAAGACAGCGCGGCCACAGGGGCCACCUCUCCCGCCAAGCGGGCCAAGCUCACGCUGCCUGCGGGCUCUCAGCGUGAGGGUAAUCACGUUUCUCCGGCGGGUGCUGACAUCCCCACGGCAGAGUCGUCGACUGAGCCAGCCGGCCAGUCGUUCGACCUGUCGUCACGCACCCUGUACGGGGAAACGUGGGAGGAGUGGGCGCACAGCGCCAAUAAGCUCUGUGCUGACCUGGGCCUCCCUAACGGGGAAGAGGAAAUCUCCCUCGCCGGCCCAGCGCCCCUGGUGGAGCCCUUCAUUGGGCCACCGCCAACGGAGGAGGGGUUUGACCUCUCCCUGCACAGGCAUUUCGCGCCGAUGCCCGCUCCGGCCCCGCGGCCGGCUCCUGAGACGAUCGAUCUCACCGGUGACGACGAGGACGAGUCGUCCUCGGCGGCAGCCGCGCAGGCGGCUCCCGAGACGAUCGACCUCACGCGCGACGACUCAUCCCCGUCGUCGUCCCCUGUUGCCACGCCGCUGGCACCUCAAUCAGCACCACAGACCGUUGGGGUGCCACGGAGAUCGCCCGCAGAGGCCGCAGCGGCCCACGCAAACCACGAGAAGUUCCUCCGCGAGCAGCAGGAGGCUCUCCGGGCGGAGCAGGUGAGGACGGGCUUCUACGAUGGCCCUGCGAACAUCAACGGCAGAAGGAGGCGCGAGCACCAUCGCAAGCGCAUGGAGGACUAUCGGGCUGAGGAGGAGCGGAGGAGAGCUGCCGCGCCUGUUCCCAGGCCAUCCCAGGAGGCGCUGGAGCGCCAAGAGCGGGAGACGCUGGAGACGCUGGAGAAGCGCAGGAUUGCUCACAACGAGAGCAACAAGCGCUACCGCGAGAGGGUCGCCAAAGACAAGGCGGACAAGGCCAAGGCCGCUGCUGCUGCCGCUGCCGCUGCUGGGAAGGCAGACUCUCCCCAGGCCCCAGCCGCCCCGUCAAAGGGGAAGGGCAAGCAGGCCGCCAAGAAGGGAGCCUCACCUGCUCAACAGGUCGAGGCAUCCCCGGCGGUCGUCGCUGGACCAAGCUCAGCACCCAAGAAACAGGGUGCUGGUGCUCGGAGAGGGUCUGGGGAGUCUUCCCAGAGUGAGCUCACCCCACAGGGGAGCUCACAGGGCAGCGGCAGCGGGAGCCAGACGCCCGUCACCUCCCCAGAUGAGGUUGACGAGGACGCCAUGGCAGCGGAGAUCGCGCGCGCCUUCGCGGCGGAGGAGGUUGGGGAGAGUGAGGUGGCGGCGGAGAUCGCGCGCGCCUUUGCGCAGGAUGGGGAGGGUGAGCAGGCUGUCAAGGGUGACGACUCCGACAGCCUGUUCGGAGAGAGUGAGCUCAACCUCACCGCCCAGCCCACAGAGGCUGAGGCUGGGGUUGAGGAGAACGACGGCGCCGACCUCUUCGGUGAAGGCGAGCAGAACUUCGACUUCUCCGAGUUGUUUGGUGAGGACGAGCAACCUGCCGCCGCCGCUGAGCCCGCCGAGCCAGCGCCAAAAGCACCUCGUCUUGGGAUGUGUCUCCCCUUCUCCCGCAAGGAGACACAGCCUGCACCCCACUUCCUCCUCUCCCUCAUCGGCGGAUCAAUGCGCUGUCAGCAGCAUGGCCAGGUCACAGGCCAUGGAGACAGCAAGGACCCGACCGAGACCUCUCCCCGUCUCCAGCAAGGACUGAACAGCCCGACAUACUCAAGGCAUGUCACAGCCUGCUUCCCACCACCCUCUCCCGAUCACAAGCAAGGACUGAACAGUCCGACAUACUGUCAGUACCUUAGCCAGAUGGCACUCCACGGGGAUGACAAGGCAUGUCAUAGCCUGCAUCCACCUCUCCUCGUCUCCGGCAAGGACCAGAUAGGCCAUCAAGCCGUCGCAAGGCAUGUCACAGCCUUCAUCCACCUCUCCACGUCUCCGGCAAGGACACGAACAGCUCAUCAAAGCUGUCGGUACCUCAGCCCAACACCUCUCCACAGGGAACAUCAAGGCAUGACACAGCCUUCACGUCUCGCCAUCUCCAGCAAUGACACGAACAGCUCAUCAAAGCGCCCGGUCCCUCAGCCAGAUGGCACUUCACCGGGACAGCAAAACACAGGCCACAGUCUACAUCCCACCUCACCUCUCCUCAUCACCGGCGAAAGGCUGAACAGCAAACAAAGCUAUCAGCCGCCAGGUCGGGCCAGGUCACAGGCCAAGUGGAAAGGGCAAAGCAUAGACAGGACACAGUCUGCUUCCCAUCGCACCCUCCUCCCUUCUCACAGGGAGUAUGAGCAGGGAAACACGCUUUUGGUGGUAUGGAAUGAGUCUGACUUUGGAGAUGACGAUGAAACGUUGGAAUAA